ACACUGUUGAUAGCAGACCUGCCCAUGGUGUCAUAAAUAACCCACUUUACAUUUUAAACAAAAAGAGAAUAAAAGUAACAGCAGGGCUUAUCAAUUAGCCAUGAGUCGUUUGCACGCCUCAGGUGAACACAUACGCAUACCCAGUCAAUUGGCCACCGAUUUGAUUUGCCCGAUUUAGUGCUCAAAGAACUUUCAGCAAAUUAGCCCACUCGCCCCGAGAAUCAGUCAAGAGUAUACCAUAAUGGGUUGUUGUUUUGGCAAAAGUAAAUCAGUCGAUUUGCCCGCGGUUCCGCCGGCUGCGGCCAAACAACGCUCCACUCUGCCGGAAUUCCCGGUUUCUGGAUCGGUGACCAGCAUGGCUCCUGCAGGAUCUGGAUAUGGAUCUGGUGGAGCCACCAAUGCGGCCCUCGAGGAUGACUAGACGCGGUUAAAGCAACAGAGAAAACGUUCAUGUCCAGGAAAAACUGUGUAAAUUGCCAAAUGCCAGAUUGGAUUAUGAGUCAUUACCGUGCCGAGAUGUGGUUUUUUCCAAGUUGUGCACCCUUUGUAGUUAUUAUUGUAGUAAAAUACGUUGUUUAUUGUUGAAGAGUAUCAAAUUGUUGGU